UCACGCAUUCCACCCCUUCCUCCUCCGCCUCCAAAAAAUGGCCGUCACGCCCAAUCUCCCCCUCCUCCUCCUCGCGACGUCCCUCCUCCUCGCGGCGGCGCCGCUCCCCUCCGCCGCGGAGAAGUUCGUCGUCGGCGACAAGAAGAACUGGGCCCCCAACGUCAACUACACCACCUGGCCCGACCAGUACCACUUCCACGUCGGCGACUGGCUCCAGUUCAACUACGCCAAGGGCAUGUACGACGUGGUGCAGGUGGCGAACCAGACGGCGUACGACAAGUGCGACCCGAGCAACCCCCUCGUCAGCUACGACCGCGGCCGCGGCUUCGUGUUCCAGCUCAACUACACGGGCCGCUACUACUUCAUCUGCAGCCGCGGCUACUGCUGGAGCGGCAUGAAGGUCACCGUGCUCGUCGAGGACAGCCCCGCGCAGCCGCCGCACGCCGCGGCGCCGUCGCCCAACGCGGCCGCGCGCCACGGCGUCGUCUCGUGGGCCGUCGCCGCCGCCGCGGCCUCGCUCUGCGCGGCGGUUCUGGGUUUGCCGUUUGCGGUGUGAGCGUGACCGUGUGUGAGCGGAGAGGGAAGGGACCAAUGGGUCUUUUCGAGUAUGGGCCGUCCAGGCCUUUAGCGCCACUGUGUGGCCGUGUAUGGAAGGUACUUACUGAUAAAGAAAGCGUGCUUUGGAAGUUUGCGUA